AUGCGGCUGGCAAUUGUGUUAUUAAUCAGUUUGCACGCCGCUUAUUGUGCACUCGACACCGCGGCGGUGAUUGCGAUUCAAACUGAAAUUAACAAACACAGCGCUGAUAUUGAAAUGAUUCUUGAUGCAAGUUCAAAUAACAUCACAACCGUGAAACCUUGAAACCAUUUCAGCACGUUAAAAAUCUCAACGCGCGUGUCAGUGAACUUGGGCGACCGGGUCCUCCGGGUCUGAACGGCUCCCCGGGAUUCCCGGGUUCAAAAGGAGAGAAAGGAGAGCGUUCGGAGGAUGGUGAGCUUAACUAGUGGUGUGGAUCAAAUUUGUGUAAACAUUAACACACUCGCGUGCUAUAUACUGAUUGUCUUAUCACAAAGUGAUGUGCAUUUGAUCUUGCCUCGAUCGCGAGUGAGAGUUUGUGUGCACAAGACUUGUUUUGUUGAUGAUUGGCAGUUAUGACAUCGAAUUGAAAUUGAAAUUGAACUAUCUUACGUGCACGAACUUUGAGAACUAGAAAAAGAUGAUUAACAACUUUUAAACGUUCAAUACAGUUUGAUUGAAUCUUGUAUUGAAUUGAAAUAAAAUAAACUUUCAAGGAAUGAAUGGACGAGACGGAAUGCAAGGAAUACCCGGAGUAAAAGGAGACUUUGGACCAAUCGGACCGACUGGAAUGAAAGGAGAUAAGGGUUCGAUGGUAGGCUACAUGUAGUUUGUAUGUGACGACAAUUGUUGUGUUCAGGGAUUCCCAGGACAGAAGGGAGACACUGGAAACGGCGGAAUUCCGGGACUCAAAGGAGACACAGGAAUCCCCGGAAAAGUCGGAGAGCCUGGAGCGACCGGCCAGCCGGGUUCUAAAGGAGAAAAAGGAAUGGAAGGACUUCCCGGAACCAACGGAUUGCCCGGAGCGCCGGGAUGGCCCGGAAACAAAGGAGAGGAUGGUCUGCCAGGACGUCCGGGAUCUCCAGGAUUCCCAGGAAAGAAAGGAGAUGUCGGAACAGGAGGAGUGCCCGGAGUGCCCGGAAUGAUUGGAGAACGAGGACUGCCCGGAGCGCCGGGAGCACAGGUACGUGUGACUUGUGGUUGGUCCAGACAUAACCUCAGAUGUACUUUGUGGGCAGCUUAGAGUUGUAUUAGAUAACAGAAAUACAUCGUUCUCGUGUUAUUGAAUCCAAUUUAUUAAAAUAAUUUAAAUACAGGGGAUCUGACAUCUGAAAACCAACUUUACUGUAAUUCACAACAAAAACCAGAAGUCAGUAGCCAAUGUCCUACAAAAUGUUCUUGGUCAUUCUCAAUUUUUGUUUUCUUGAUUCUAUUUGUUCGCUACCGCCAGACGAUUUUUGUUGACAAUAACCGAUCAUCAACCGCGCACAUUUCCCAAAUAUUUUAACAUCCAACUCUUAACCGUAUUUCCCAAUAUAUCGAGAACAUUUUUGACUAGUAACUCGCCGGAUAACCUAUGUACACCAUCUUUUGCAUUCAUGUUGUCCUAGUCAUAGAUCACAAAAGGAGAAAAAGGGGAAUAACAAACACAGCUAGGCACAUUGCAAAUCAGAGCAGACUACAAAUAUGAUCAGUUCCAAUCUCAAGAAUUAUUGUACAUAGUUUUUUGAUUCAGGGAAUGAUUGGACCAAUCGGGCCACCAGGACAAUUGGGACUUCCAGGACCGAAGGGAGACACGGGACCGGCUGGACUUCCGGGAAGCAAGGGAGACCAGGGAAAAGACGGAAUUCCAGGACUGCCAGGUAUGCAGACAGAUCUUACGCAUCGAAAAAGAGAACAUUAAUCCCGUUACAUCUGUCAGGUUGGAUCGUGAAUGACAAAGGCUACUGUAUCCUGGCGCUCGGCAACUGUCCCCCAGCUUUCACUCAAAUUGGAGCUUACCAGGUUCGCUCGUCCUUCAGACUUUUUUUGAAACUUCUCCGAAGGCAUCCAGUUCCUAAAGUGCGUCAACAGAUAGUUUCAAAGUUUUCCUCUUCCUCCUCCUCCGUGAAAAAAGCGUGCAUAGCGAAACUUCGCACCCACUUUCACUUCGUCUCGGAACCUCUUUGUUACUCGAAAAAGAAAUUGACUCAUUGCGGUUGAUGAAACACGUUUCAAGGAAGAACUGGGCAAAUGGAGGUAGAAGAAACGAAAUGGCAAAAUUUUUACGGCGUCUUUCGUCUAAUUAUUUUCGAAUUGUGAAUUUGACUUGACUCUAGUGAAAAGUGAAAAGUAUGUGUACAUGUUCAAAAACCAAGAUACCACUUCACUUUUCUCUCCGAGAAGACAUGUCCAGAUACAAUAUACACUCUCGUCAAAGCAUUGAAAAAGUGAAACCAAGUGUUCUUCAGGCGCAUGUUGACAAUUAUCGCUUCGGCGACUAUUCACUGGUCAAAUCAUCCGGAAUCGGUGGAAACGAAGAACAAUUCGCGCUGAAAGUUCACGCUUGCUGCCGAUAA